ACCUACCAAAUUGUUGUGUUUAAAAGUUAAACCGAUCAAUCAAGUGGGUUGGUUCCUCUCUCUAUCGCAUCUCUCUCUCUUCACGAUCCACGACGAUUCAGUUCUUGAGUUCCGGCGAUUAUCGGUUUCACUUUCUGAUUCCGUUGAAUCCACCAUUUCUCUUCUCGCCCGUGCUCUCAAAAUUCGAAAUUUCCCCUGUGAUUCGAAACCCUAAUUUCGUCGCCUAUCAAUCUGGAAAAUCUCCCGUCUUCUUCUGAAAUUUGAAGACUUUAGCAGCGGAAAGAUACUUAUUCCGGGUAAGAAGAUCGAAGAAACCAACAAUUUCUUACCAAAGUCGUGAUUCUUGGAUCUCGUCUUUGUUUGAUGGACACAAUUAGGGUUUCCACGGAGGUUCCUGGAUCUUCGAAAUCGACCUCACAGUCGCUCACGGAGUCGACUUCUCGCACGGAAACCAUCAAUGGCUCCCACGAAUUCAAGAUCAGCGGCUACUCUUUGGUCAAAGGGAUGGGGAUUGGCAAAUACGUUGCCUCGGAUACGUUCAUGGUUGGUGGCUACUCUUGGGCGAUCUACUUCUACCCAGAUGGAAAAAGUCCAGAGGAUAAUUCUGUGUACGUGUCUCUCUUCAUAGCCCUCGCGAGCGAAGGAGCCGAUGUUAGGGCUUUGUUUGAGCUCACACUCGUGGAUCAGAGCGGUAACGAAAGGCACAAGGUUCAUAGCCAUUUUGGUAGAACUCUAGAAAGCGGACCCUAUACUCUUAAAUAUCGAGGAAGUAUGUGGGGAUACAAACGUUUUUUCAAGAGGUCUCUUUUGGAGUCAUCGGACUAUCUGAAGGACAAUGGUCUCUUGGUCCGGUGUUGUGUUGGAGUGGUGAAGUCACGCACAGAAGGACCAAGGUGUUACAAUAUCCCCGUGCCGGUUUCUGACUUGGGUCAGCAGUUUGGAAAGCUUUUGGAAAGUGGGAAAGGAGCUGAUGUUAAUUUCAAAGUUGAUGGAGAAACAUUUCCUGCUCACAAAUUGGUUCUUGCAGCACGUUCUGCAGUUUUGAGGGCACAGCUUUUUGGCCCGUUGAGAAGUGAAAAUACCAAAUGUAUAAUCAUAGAAGACAUACAAGCCCCUAUUUUCAAGAUGUUGCUCCAUUUUAUCUACUGGGACGAAUUGCCUGAUAUGCAAGACUUAAUGGGCACAGACUUGAAAUGGGCAUCAACUCUUGUGGCUCAGCAUCUGCUUGCAGCUGCAGACCGAUAUGCUCUUGAGCGGCUUAGAACAAUAUGCGAGUCAAAACUCUGUGAAGGAAUCAGCAUAAAUACGGUUGCAACCACCUUGGCUCUUGCUGAGCAGCAUCAUUGUUUCCAGCUGAAAGCCGCCUGCCUCAAAUUUAUAGCUUUUCCAGAAAACCUAAAAGCUGUGAUGGAAACGGAUGGGUUUGAUUAUCUGAAGGAAAGCUGCCCGUCCCUACUAAGUGAGCUAUUGGAGUAUGUGGCUAGGCUGAGUGAGCACUCUUUAACAUCAUCAGGGCAUCGAAAGGAGUUAUUUGCUGAUGGUUGUGACUUAAAUGGGAGACGUGUGAAGCAACGGUUACACUAAGCAACUAACUGAGAGAGAGAGGUCACUUUGAGAGCCUGAGAUGAUGAUGGUGAAGUAAACAGAAGUUUAGAAGAGUAAAGAUUUGUGCAUUUGUCAUUGUAAAAGGAUUAGUGGUUGAUCUGUGUUGUUCAGCUAGCUUAGUAGAGUGAAAUGUUGUUGUUUUUUCUCUUUUCUUCUCUUUUUUUUCUUUUUUGUUUGUUUGUUUCCACAGGAUUUUAUGACCAAAACCGCUUCUCUUAAAGGAAAAAGUUUCCUGUGACUUCAGUGAUAAA